UGAUUCAUUCCGGGUAUUACUUGAGUCCUCCCAGUGAUUUCCUAUUGAAAUGCAUUUAUACCUAUUGUUGCCAGUAGUCGGAGGCAAAUAGUACGUUUUGUCUUCACAUCUGGUCACCUUUUUUUCAAUGAACUGCUGUAACUUCCUCAUUCUUCCGAGAGAAGCCUAACGGGACAGACGCAAACGUUAUCCUGCCGCAUCUUGUCUCCUGUUUUACAGGUCAUUUCACAGGUCCAAUGGCAGCCAUGGUGAAGUCUGAGCCGCUUGAGAGCAAUAUUUAUCCAGAAACGGAACACUGUCACUCAUUCUCCUUCAGUUGCCCAACUCAUAAAAUACCCAAAGAGGAAAUCACCUGCACCAAACCUGGAACAAUAUUGAGAGCUCUUGAAACUAAUGACACAUUCAAGGAGUUAAACCAAAUGGACAGGAAGACACUGAAAGGGAAAGACAUUGUCAUCAAGAGUUGUAAGGGGUACAUAGUGAAGCACUUUCCAUGUUGGCUGAUCAAAGAGGAUGACCGUCUCACUAUUGAGAUGGUCACACAUGCCACAGAUGAACCUGCAGGGGUCACGGAUCAGGAAACAGACAAUUAUGUAACUUUCUCUGUUGAGACAACGGGAGGGAAAAACAGCAAAUCAAAACAAAUACUUGGAAACAAACAACUGGAGUCCUACGGACCUCUAUGUGUCUAUGCAAAACAGAAGGAGGAAGUGAAGAAGGCUCUACGAAAUGAUGGACGCUUCUCAAACAUUGUGUUUGAACAGAGAUGCCAGCUCUCUGAGCGAUCAACAGGAAGCAAGGUUUCAAUGGGGCAAAUUGCAAAAAAACUUAAUGUUAGAAACUUUGAAAUCUGUCUGACAAAGCAUAAGGAGAAAACGGCAAUUAAGAUGGAAACAUCUGACUCCACAAUAAAAACAAAAAACAUUGUAACCACGCAAACAUCUCUGUUCAACCCAAGCCCUGACUCUGAAGGAGACGACACACAGAUGUCUCCAUCGACGCUAACAACACAAACAUCAGAUGUAGGGGAGUCCUCUUCGAGAAGAAAGCAGAAACGAAAAUGCAUUCCCGUGCCAAAACAUGGUGAAAUAUUGACGAUCCUUCGCAACCAGUUUGAAGAUCUGGUGAAGCAGAUGGAAAGUAGGAGGGAGGACAGCCAACAGAAGACAUUUCCUGAAGAGUUGGAUCUCAUGAAGCAGGAAUUUGGGAAAAUCAGACAAAAGUUCUCUGAGGUUCACAGAGUGAAGAAAUUGAUUAAACUUGGUGCCUCCGUUUGUCAGGUGAUUGUUGAAGGUGUUCAGGGUGUUCUGGGGACAGGCUUCGUGCUGUUUGACAACUACAUCCUAACAAAUGCACAUUUGUUUGGUGAAAAUGUAAGAGAAAACAUACAGUUGUUAGUCGAUGUAUCUGUAAAGUUCAACUAUGAAAAUCCAAAUGGAUCCGAUGUGAACGUAUUCAGAGCAAAAACCCUGCUGAUCGACUUUCAAUAUGGACAUCAGGGAAAACAUCAUAUAGACUAUGCCAUACUGGAGCUGGAUCCUCAGAAUAAGAAACAACGGCAAAAGGUUCCUCCUGGUCUCCUCCGUGAAUAUGGCCCAGUCCCAGCAUGCGGUGGGGCCUGCCUCAUUGGACACCCAGGUGGACUGGUGAAACAAAUGGAACCCACCUCCAUCAUUGGCAGUGAGAUAAGAGAGGAGGCUGCGAAUAAAUAUAAACGGGAAAAGGGACAUGCAAUCUUCACAAUAAACGAUGCCCUUGAAAAAGAGAAAAAGCGUUACGAUGAAGUGACGCAGGAGAACAAGGACGACUUUGUGACCUACAACACCUCCUUCUUCCAUGGAUCUUCUGGCUCGCCAGUCUUCGAUGACCUUGGUCGAGUGUUUGGCAUACAUACUGGUGGCUUUGAAUAUGAGGAUAAGCGCACUCAGAGCAAACAGAGUGUGUUAGAGUACGCCCUCCCUCUGCUCCCCAUAUUACGGAACUUUGUCAUCCGUUUGGAGGAGGACAACAAUCAGGCAGAUUUGAAAAGAGUUAAGGAAGAGGUACAGGAAAACGUCUUCCUGAAUGAGGCUCUUUUCACGACAGAUGGUGAUGAGCCUAUGGAUAUGUCGUAGGAGAUUGUUGCAAAUACAGCUAAUUCAAUGCCACCCAGUGGUUGUCCUGGGAACAACACAACAAUGCCACCCAGUGGUUGUCCUGGGAACAACACAACAAUGCCACCCAGUGGUUGUCCUGGGAACAACACAACAAUGCCACCCAGUUGUUGUCCUGGGAACAACACAACAAUGCCAUCCAGUGGUUGUCCUGGGAACAACACAACAAUGCCACCCAGUGGGUGUCUUUGCAAAUACUGUAACGUUAGUAUUUAUGUUCAACCAUUCCACUAGUGCCUUUUGGGCAUUUUUAGGAUAUUGAUAGAUUACUUGUCCGAGGUCAAAGGUACAUGUUUAAAAAAAAUAAAAUGUUUUGUUUUAUCUCAUGCACCUUUGUUUUCUGUAAUUCUCAUCACUGGUUCCUUAUGAUGUAUUCUGCAUUUCUGUGAAGCAUGGUUUCUUUUGAAAAAUAUACUUUGGUCUCAGUGGGCCUUCUCUGCAAAAAUAAACAUUUCAUAGAUUAAGACAUCUACCUAGAUCAGAUUGCAACUAUCUAAAUAUUGUUUUAUUGUGUUCUACAUUUUGAUUACUUGUCUUUUUCUUUAACUUACUUCAUGGAUCCAUCGUUUUGCUUUCUUGGUUUGACAUGUAAAGGUUAAUCAUGAGUACAAUGUGUUAACUGUAAUUACAUUGGAAUACUGUAUGCAUCAUUUAGACAUUGUUUUCAUUUCAUGAGUUGUAACAAUCAUGCAUAAAACUAGUGACAGACUGACUAAUCAAUAAAUGUGUUGACAAUUA